UUUGAGACGUCCGCGUGCGAAGUCUAAUCCACGGUGGAUGUGCCCCUGCCGCCGCGCGUUAUGUUGUGUUCUAUUUCUUGAUGGCAUUACCCGAGUAUGGCUGUGUAGCAUGGCCGUGGCUCCGGUACCGACGACUCGUGGACCGCGAUGGCGUUUAGUCCCGUCCUUGCGGACCCCUUGUCCAGGAGCAUCUUUAAGAAAUUCGCCGUCAUGCUGUGCUCGCUCCUCACCUCCCUGUACUUUCUGCACAGCCUCACCGACCGCUGCGGCAGCACCAUGCCCUCCCCGGUUCGGGCUUCGGACCAAGUCGCGGGGCUCCUGGCGUCGGACCUGCACGACCUGCGCGCGGUGAGAAGGAAGCGUCUGCUCCAGAAGUGGAUAAGCAAGCAACCGGGCGGCGCGGUCUACUACGAGACGGACAGACAAGCCUCCCGGUACGAAGGCGCCGUGUUCACCGGCAGCGAGAGUGGUGUCCGCGAGGAUCACGGAGGAGACGGCGCGCUACGGGUCGAGCUGUCCCUGCCCAGGUCCGUGUCGAACUUGGAUAUACUGGCACGGGAGUCACGUGUGGACGCGCGGACGGGCAGCCCCGGUAAGCUCAGCCCGCUGGGCGAGGGUACGAAGAAGCUGCCUCAGGCCAUUAUCAUCGGAGUGAAGAAGGGAGGCACGCGCGCGCUGCUCGAGUUCCUCCGCGUGCAUCCCGACAUCAGGGCCGUGGGAGCGGAGCCACACUUCUUCGACCGAAACUACGACAACGGGCUGGAGUGGUAUAGGGAGCUGAUGCCCAAGACGCUGGAGGGCCAGAUCACCAUGGAGAAAACGCCCAGCUACUUUGUGACCCGCGAGGCUCCGGCCCGGAUCAGCGCCAUGUCCCGCGACACCAAGCUGAUCGUGGUGGUGCGCGACCCGGUGACGCGGGCCAUCUCCGACUACACGCAGACGCUGUCCAAGAAGCCCGACAUUCCCUCCUUCGAGAGCCUCACCUUCAAAAACAGGACUACGGGGCUGAUCGACACCUCCUGGAGCGCCGUGCAGAUCGGCAUCUACGCCAAGCACCUGGACAACUGGCUGCAGUACUUCCCCAUGGGCCAGAUCCUGUUUGUGAGCGGCGAGCGGCUCAUCAGCGACCCGGCCGGCGAGCUGGGCCGCGUGCAGGACUUCCUGGGCCUCAAGCGCAUCAUCACGGACAAACACUUCUACUUCAACCAGACCAAGGGCUUCCCCUGCCUCAAGAAGGCCGAGGGCAGCAGCAAGCCCCACUGCCUGGGCAAAACCAAAGGCCGCACCCACCCCAACAUCCACCCCGAGGUGGUGCAGAGGCUGCGGGAGUUCUACCGGCCGUUCAACAUGAAGUUCUACCAGAUGACCGGGCGCAUAUUCGGGUGGGACGAUUGACUAUGUGCCUCGUGUCGCGUCGUGACGCGUCGUGUCGCGUUGUGUCUCUGCGGUAUUUCUUUGGUGAAAACAAGGAAACUGAAUAGAACGGAAAAAAAGAGAGAGACUGUUGCACUGUUGUCUUUAUCACAAUCAGAAAAAUAAGCACUAUGCCUACCAAUGAUGGGGAUGCAAAGAGGUGGGGGGACCUGGGGUCUUGUGAAUGCAGGGAAGUAUACAGUAUGCAAUAUGCAAUGCACGCACUGUUGCAGUUCCAGUGAUGAUAAGAGAUCAAAACACUUCCCUCCACCACUCCUUUCAAGCAUGGACAAGCCUCUUUUUCAAGGAAAUAGACCCCAGGUUGUAAAAGGUAUGUGUGUGUGUGUGUGUGUGUGUGUGUGUGAGAGCGGGAGAGAGAGAGAGAGAGAGAGAGAGAGAGAGUGUGUGUGUGUGUGUGUGUGUAAGCACCAUCAGGAUGAAGCGUUUUCCAUUUCCUUGCUCCUAACAAACUACGCUUGCACAUCAGCGACCGUCAGAGUCCCAUAUUGGGUUCCGAGCGAGGGAACGUCAGAGAACAGAAAAGAACUCUGACAGAACCUCAGCUCAGACAACUGGUUCUGGCCUCCUCCUCCUCUACGCACUUUGCUGCGUAUAAAGCUUUGCAUUGUUCUUUUGUUAAGAAAAAGGUAUAUAUAAAAAAAGAAUAAAAAGUGUAUUUUUUGAAAGUAAUUUAUUUAAAUAGAAGGCGAUGAUAACGAUGAAGAAGAAGAUGAUGAUGAUGAUAAUGAUGAUGAUGAUAUAUGUAUGCAGCAUAGUUAUUUUGAAUAAUCUUCACCUGUUUGUAUUAUGCUCCCAGACUCUCACAAAACUCCCCAGGCUGUUGUUGUAUUUUUUUAUGUUCAUGGUGCCUUUUGUUGAAACAUAUCACGUACCGAACCUUCCCUCAUAUUUCCAAAAAAAGAUGACUUUAAUUAUUCUCUUUUUUACCUCACACUUUUCCCACACUCAGAGACUGCGGCCGGUGCAGCGCGGCUCUUGGAGGCUUUGUUAUUGCGCUGGCUCCGCUUCCCCCCCUAGCUCCCAAUUAGCCAGUUUAAUUGAAUUAGGGAGGGCAGAUUUGUCUGUUUCGAUAGCAGCGGAGGAAAAAGGACUCGAGCGGAGACACGGACCGCAAGAACUCAAUUACUUCUGCGGCCCUGUUUACAUGGACGCCGGUGAUGUCAUUGUUUUACCUUACCCUGGAGAUUAAGCCCUUUCCCAAAACACACACACGCACACAGACACACACACACACACACACACAUUUACACACAGAUAAAAUGCAGAUAAACUAACAUGCUGAUAUUCCAUCGCACGUGAACACACUACUCUACACACACUCACACGCACACACAUACACACACAUACACACACACACACACACACACACACACACACACACACACACACACACACACA